UCCAAUUGGCAGGUAGCCUGCGUACUGCAGGUAAAUCCUUAAACUAUGUAUAAAAUACGCCUGCAGCACUUGACUUGACAUCAGUUGAGCUAUAGCCAGCGUAUGAUGAAGUUUACGCCAAACCAAAAGGACAAACAAAGCACAAAGAUGAUUGCAGAAACUCAUGGAGCACUGGAACUGGAGGCAGCCACCGCAUUGCUAAUGCUGCGCUAUCAAUACGACCUAAAGGCAUAUGCAGCAGUUGCCAAUUGUGCUGCCACACAGACGCCAUCGCCGCCGCCACCAGCGCCAGCAGCAGCAGCAAUAGCAACAGCUGCUGCUGUUGUGGUAGUAAACAAGCUGGAGCCAGCAGCUGCAGACAACUGCACGCCCAAGGAGCAAGUGCGCACAAUGCCAACCUCAACGCAGCCGCUAAAGAAACGCAGCAUACCGCCGCAUCUGCUGCAGCGUUCACUAACGCCAACAGCCAAGGCCGGACUAAACCAGAGCAACAGAAACAGCAGCAGCAGCGGCGGUGGCGGCAUCAGCGUCGGCGUCAGUGGUGGCGGCAUUACCAAGCCCAAAUUGAAGCCACUUGCAUCGCAAUGCAACAAGGCAUUGCUCAAGUCCUGCCGCAACAUGAUACGUGAAUUCCUAGACAAUCAGGAACUGAUUUAACAUUUAACAUUUAGAUUCAAAACUUUUUAAAAGACGUUCCUUAGCAGUAACAUUCAUUUCAAUUCA